AUGAGUGGCGGCGCGGGUUCUAACAGAAAGCAGGUAGACUCGCUGGGUCCGGAGCUGAUUUUGGGUGUUGAAGUUCCGGAGAAUUAUCAAGCUGUCUUCAGUUCCUCCGACUCAGCCUAUUUGCCAGGUCGAUCCACAGAGAAGCCCAAGCCAAAGCACCCGGCACUGUGUAACCCGAGCCAUGAUAUCGAUUCCAAAUUACUCAUCAAAAUACGCGGAACCCGUCCUGUCAUGCCUGUGCUCGAGUCUGGAAAUCGACGGAUGUGGCAUGCCAAGCCAACAGUCUUACUGAUGCCCGUUCAUGGAUCGAUUUUUGUGGCAGCACUACUCCGUAUAGGCGUCUGUACAGUACGAGCAGCGGCAGGUACUUCCUCGGCAGCGCGUGCCUCGACUUGUCCUCGCUUCGUCCAUGGACGGCAGCAAGGUACUCGUGCUCGUGCUCUCCUUGACGAAGACAUCUUUCUUUCUUACAUGCUGGUUGCGUUACAUGUGCCCGUACACAUACAAUCGCUGACUCCAGAGACUCCUCGCCGACUCGGCGACAUUUCCAGACAGAAAUCACAGGCAUUGAUGCGAGCUGGUCCGCCUCGUUGUACGAGCAUUAUCAACCCGACGCUUCGCAAACACGAACCCCCUCUUGCGGAUCAAAAUUGGCUGCUUAGGCCCGGGGCCUUUCUCACUGGCUCCGCCCCUAGUGAGCUUCGCAACCCCCAUUUUCAUCUCCAAGCUCCUCUCUCGGCUUUGACAUUUUGUGCCGACCCGACAGAAGGGAACGCUAAACGCCUCCUCAUCUUUGGGCUGUUCGUCUUACCCACCUCGACACUGGCAAUUCGCAAUUUCCAUGCCUUGCUGAUCUCCAAAAGCCCACUCACUGCUCGCUCCACUACAGCUAUGCCAAACUAG